AUGGCCGUUGCACAGGACUAUAAAACUUCAACAUCAAAUGCGGUGUAUAUACCCAAAGUCGCGGAUCACUUUCCAGAAAAGAAUAUCGGAGAGAAUACGAAUUUUACCAGCUCGCCACAAAACCUGAACGACUUUCUUGUCAUUUUGACGGAAAAUGAGAGCGUUUUUGGAAAGACAACUGAAAACAUAAUUAUCAUUCUGUUCACAGUUUUAAUUACAUUUGGUUCCUUAGGAAACGGACUCGUAUGCUUUGUGGUGUUUCGUAAUGCCCACAUGCGAACGCCUAGGAACAUUUUUAUAAUCAAUCUUGCAAUCUCCGAUUUGACUCUAUGCCUUUUUACGCAACCGUUAAAUCUUUACCGUUUGCUGUACCAUCACUGGCAUCUUGGGCCGUUCAUGUGUAAAUUUUCGGCAAUGCUUCAAGGCACAAACGUGUUUGUUUCGACUAUAAGCAUCACCGCUAUCGCCCUGGACCGGUUUCAGGUGAUCGUGUACCCGACUAAGGACAGUAUGAAGAAAAUUGGUGGCGCUGCGGCACUCAUAAUCAUUUGGAUUAUCUCGUUCUUAAUGGCCAGUCCGUUGAUUUUAUUCUCAGUAUUGGAGGUGAAGCCAAUAUAUGAGCUUGAUUUCUACUACUGCUUUUGUCUGGAAGAUCCUACAUUACGGGCGGAGAAGGGUGCCUAUUCCGUGGUAUCCAUGGUAGUGCAGUACAUAUUGCCGAUUAUAAUAGUUACUAUUGCGCAUGCUCGUAUUUGCAACAAAUUGAAAUACAGAAUGGCAAACAGACGUCUAAGACGAGGUUCAUACUACGACACAAACAACCAAACCAAUGGUGGACGCACCAGAACCAAUGGAAAUAGAUCAGCGCGGAAAAGGAGAACCAACGCGUUGUUAACUUUAAUAGCUGUUGUGUUUGUGCUAAGCUGGCUUCCAUUAAACAUAAGCAAUAUUCUGGUUGAAUUUCAGUUUGAGCUGUUCCGAAAUCAAGGCAUUGACAUAAACUACGUCUACCUUAUCUGCCACACGCUGGUGCUUAGUUCAGCAUGCUCUAAUCCAGUUCUUUACGGGUGGCUUAACGACAAUUUUCAAAAGGAGUUCAAGAAGAUGUUCCAAUGCUCUUGUAAAACCUGGCUUGCCGGCUGUAUAAGGCGAAUUAGGGGGAAGAACACGUCGACACAAUCUAAUACCGAGCAAAGCGAAUGUACGCAUGAUGCCCGAACGAGAUCAAGGCGCUUUACGAACACUUCUCAGAUGUUCAUGAUGACUGAUUUUGACCAGUCAUGCCCACAGUCUGUUUUAAGCUUAUAGACCAACAUUCCAGAAACGUUGCUUACGGUGAAGGUUGUUUUUUCUUUACUGAUUUCUCUAAGUAAAGCAUAUAAGCAAAGUGCGUCAUAUCAUAUAAACUAUCAGUUUCAUAAGUUGUAAUUGUGCUAGUUUAUAUUUGACUUCAUUUAUGGAUACCUUGU